AUGCAGAGUGAUUCUCAAUUGUUCAUCGAUCCCACCUAUCGAGAUGAGGUUCACUUUAGUGGGGAUUAUGACUACGACCUGGUUGGGAAACCCACAUCCAACAGAAUAAGACUGUUGCAAAAUCAUCUUGAUUCAAUGCGACAGUUUCUCGAGUCCUAUCAGGUGGAAAUAUUCCUCAGCACUCUGCUCUUUUUCGCAGUCCUGCUUUUGAUUCCAUGUGUAGUACGAUGGUUUGAGGAAUGUUGGACAACUCUAACGAUCUUACGAUUGGCCUCAAAACAACGAGGCGAAAUUCGGAGAAAGGAACAGUCAACUACAACUUUGUUGAAACAGAAUCAUUUUAACGACCUUUAUGCUCGUGUUGCGAUUCAAGCCUACACAGGUUUGUGGCGAGUAUUUGAGGGGGCCCGUAAAAUCCCUAUCCCACUAACUGGUGAAGAAUACGAAAUGCUUCGAUAUAUAUUUGUGUAUAGUCCAGUUAGUGAGGAAGCAAGUGGACCGAGUUUUAGGUUGUCACAAGCCGAUUCGGUUGAGUCAACAGAGCUCAUUCCGGAACAAACGGAUGAGCCACCGGUUUGCGCGAGAUUUAAACCAUGGAUAUGCAUAACGAAGGAAGAAGAAGAAGGGACACCUUCGUCAGAACCAUCUUCACCAAAUUUAGAAGGUACGUUGUCAAAAUCCGAUUCAAUUGAAUCGAUACCGCAUAUUCUGGAAGAAACAAAGAUGCAACCCGCGUGUGUGGAAUAUCCACCAUUGAUGUCCAAGACGGAAGAGAAGAUAUCUUCGUUAGAGUCGUCUUCACGAGGCUCAGGAGAUAGGCUAGAAUUGACUGGAUGGUUGCUAGAAUAUAAACGUCGCCUUCAAGAGGCAAUGGAAAAAGCUCCGGUAAACAAAAUAGCCGUUUUAUCCAGGAGGGCUUCGAUGACAUCAUCACCUCAUGGGCAGAAACUCUCGAGGGUGGAAAGUCUUGAGACUACCGACCCAGAGUUUUUCCGACCCGUUUGGGAACCGACUCAUGAAGCUUUGGAACGCAGUCUUGGUCCAGGAAAGCGCUUCUACCCUAGCGGCACCAUCCCAUCACACUUGGCUGAAAAACUCAAAAUUGAUCACACAAUCGAUCUGCCAAUCGAUGACAAACAUCGACCCAGUGUAUACUUUCGAACAGCAUCUAGUGAUCCUAAUUCUUUGGAAAUAUCUGGCUCUUCGGUUCAUUCACAAGAAAACGAGGAGGUGUUGAUGGAAGAGCUACGUCGAAUGGCGGGCAUAGAUGGACGCAAAAAAGGAAAGGGUCAUUCAUUCCUCGUGGCCAUGUUGUCUUACACAUCGGAUGACAUAAUCAUAGACCCAACCUUUGCAGAUUAUGAUGCCUAUUUGCGCGUAUACGAUUACGACCUUCUGGGGCAUCCGAUUGGCCUCGGACGGGACUUCUUGCGUAAUCCAAUCGGAUACCUAAAAGUUAAGAUCACGGAAUACAAAGUCUACAUUACACUUAGUCCAUUCAUGCUAUUCUUCGCUUAUUAUCUCCUAGUGGUGGUUGGAAUACGCUCUAUCAAAAGUGGUCUCCAUUGGACCUUAUCAGUUCUGUUUUUCAAGAAAGAAAGAGGGAAAGCCAAAUCACGGGCCCGGGAUAGGAUGCUUCGAGAAUUACCUGAGGAUUUAGAUAUACACGCUCAAGCAAUUUAUCGCACACUGGCCAGACAUCACCAGAUAAAAAGCACAACGGCUAAGGAUGUCUUGCCGGAAACGGCCAGCGACUACGAGGCGAUGCGGUUCGCUUUCGAGGCAGUGUGUGCCACCGGUUGGAGCCUGCGCACACUGGAGGAAGCCGAUCCAUUUCGUUCUUUCGAAGACGAACCUAUUGAAGGUGCCGCGGAAGACGAGGAGAUAGACAGACUUUUGGCUGAAAUGGCUAUUGAAGGCGGUGCGGAAGAAGAGGCGGGCGAAGAAGAAGAAGGAAACGGUGAAAGGCGGGUGGAUGGGGAAGCCAAAGAUGCUACUGGAGACAGUCCACAACCGGAAGAAGAAAUUGACCAAGAGAAUGUGGAUGACGACCGUACACCACCGUACGACAUACAGUCUGGCGAGGAGCCCCUUGCAGUUGACAGUCCGAUCGAACAUGAAGAGGAUGUUCAUUACCCGCAGAAUGAAGAGCACUUUGUUCAAGAAGCCGAUGAGCAGGAGGAUCAAAUAAAUGUGCAUAAUCCAGGCGCGAAGGGAUUCCAUACAAACGAGAUCAACCCUUCCUCUGAAGGAACCGACAACCUCAGG